AUGGAUCUACAACAACAGCUCUUGACUGUUAUGAUCCAGAUGGCUUUCGAGGAGGGCUUCGAGGGAGAUAACUAUUGUGGAAGUGCUCGUAGUGGCCGGCAGGAUCGGCAAGGUGAUGCUGAUGUUAGACAGCAACGACUCGCACAGACGAGUGCCCCCGCAUGGGCAGCCAGUGGCGCUGAUAAUCCGCAGACAUGCAAGUAA